CCUCGAUUGAAAUAUGCUGUCUCUUCUCCGCCUAGGAGCGCCUGCUGCCCGACCCCUCCGCUCCGCUAUUGUUAGAAGGAAUGUAGUCCUACAGCAAUGUCGAUCUAAUAUGACCGACGUCCCGGAUAUCUCGGCAGGCUCCGCAUUUCCAAACCAAGUGACCGAUCACGAUCAUCCCUCCCGUUACAACACCUUCCGCACUCGCCCAACGUCAAAACAGAUUGCGCUCGCGAGGUUGUUCGUCGAGCAUGGGGCGCCGAACGCGGAGAGGUUGCAUAAGGAUAUCACAAUGCAGGAGAUGAGGGAGUGGUUGGAUCAGGCUGCCGAAACUACCCCAAUGCCAGCGACACCGACACAACUGGUUCUUGCAAGGCACCUUGUUGAGAACGGAGCGCCUUGUGCGGACGAACUAAAAGAGGGGAUGACCUUCAAUGAGAUGAGGCAGUGGUUGUUCAAAGUCCAGAUGGCUGGCAACUACUUCCCCCGGCGUUCGGUACCUCUCGGUUUAGCACGGAAGCAGCCCAGCUCCAAUACGCAGUAUGAACUCGCCCGCCGACUCGCUGACUCCGCUGGCAUCCAGCUGACCUUCGACCCCACCAAUUCCACCCGCGGUGAGGUAUCGGACUUUAUAGCUCGCUGCCGGGUAGAACUCCUCAAUCAGGGAAAGCCUGCGUUCAUCCCUUCCCCGGAGGAGAGGGAUAUGCCCCCGAGUCCUGGACAGAAGAGAAAAGCCACAUACAUGGGCAUCAAUAUACCGGAGAACGCGACGAAGGGCAGUUUGAGCGAUCUCAUUCUGGCAAAGCAGAAGGAGCUCGGGGUGCAGUGGAGAGUACCGGGGAUGAACGAAGAACACAUGAAAGAGGAAGAGCCGAUGAAGGAAUAGGCGGUAUUCCACCAUGCAGAUCAUGUCCCCCCUCAACAUAGUGAUUGCUCAUAGUGCUGAACUCUUCAACUCGGCUCUCGAUCACAACUGUUAUAGGGAACAGUGUUGUCAUCCUAAUAAAAUGCACCCAACACACUGAUCCGACACUGUGUGAGUCAUUCUAUAGUGAGGUCUGGGAGACACAAUCGUAGC